AUGUCUGGCAUCCCUUGCAGGUUUCAUUGGUGUGGACACAAAAAUCCCACCUUGCCCACACGCGCGGUUUGGCCAUUUGAUGAAGGCGCGAAAGACAAGCAAGGUGCAGAGCAGGCAUUGAAAUCUGGACCAUUGCACAACCAGUGCUGGCGAGAUUCACCUACCUUCUUCAGCAAGAGCAAGUCGUUAUCAACAAACGGGUUGCCGCAUUCGUUCAGCGGAGGGAGCGGGUGCGUUCCGGUCGGUGAGGAGUCGGCGAGUUGGUGGGAAUCUGUGUCUUUUGCGACGGACAUACCCUACUAUCGCAGCCAAAGAGGCCUUUGGUCCACUAUCAGGCCCGGCUCAUGUCCGACAAGAAUGUGUUCAUCCACAAAUUUGGCCACCACCACGAUGAGCGGGACGGGGCUCUUCGGACGAUCGGUUGUUGUCCGAGAUCUUUCGGCUCGCAAGAUGUUAUCAACACCUUUGGAUUCGGACUUGAGAAUGAUUUCAGGUCGUGCGCCGAAGUCGGACUUUGAAAUCCAGCAUUUCAGGUGCUUAAAGCAUUGGACGCUGUCUAGGCUCCCCAUGCAGUCCCGGUAUUUGAUGCGGGCACUUAACAAGCUCCCGAGCGGGAGACAUAAUCCGAAUGAUCAAGUAAAGCUCCCGUGA